GGAAAUCUGGUUGCUCCUGCUUUAAACAUUAUUGCCAGUGAUUUGUUGCCCAAUUGGCAAUUUCUGGAGUCAUUUUCAUGAGCAUCUUUCUUGUCACUCCAAUCAAAUUCCAUUCGAUCCUUAUUUGUCCGAUUUUCUCGCAGCUGUGCCUCAAUUUCAGACAAUGUUUUAAUGAACAGCAAACGAAUUUCAGAUAUUAAUGCUUUUUCUUUUAUCAGUUCCUCUUCAGGCUCAUCUCUCACAAUCUCGUUAUCUGGUCGUCGAGUUCUGGUUUCAAUACAUUCAGUAACAAUCGAUUCAGGCAUUUGCAAGACAUUCAUUGCUUGCUUUAAACGUCUUCGUUGUUCCUCUAAUGUGCAAAUUUCAUCAGUCAUUGCACGAAUUGCUCUUUCAAGACACUGCUUCCAGUCAUCGAUGUCACGAGCUCGAUUUUGAAGUCUUUUAGAAUUAUCAGACUGAUUAUGCUCAGUGACUUCAUAUGAUCUCAUUAUGGAGUUUUUGGCUGAGUUCUCGACCCUAAAAAUAUUAAUUUAAGGCCUUAAAUUAUUUUUUCAAACUGGAAGAAACUUACACAAUACUUUUUGCAAUCGCAUCAUUUGCAGCCUUCAAUGUAUCAUAAUUCCUCCUUCUCCAUUCAUUGGUGCUGAAUCUUGUUAUCGAAUAUGAAUCAACAACAGGACGUGUACCAGUCAAUCCACCUAAUGGACUCCAAUCAACUCUUCCUGUAGCCCACGGUCCGAUUUGCAUCAUUUGAGCUUGUGCUGAUGGGACAAUGACAUGAUCAUCAUUUUCUUGUGGCAAAUAGCAUUGUGGCUUUUCUGCUGGUAGUCCAAGUGGAUUUGUUUGAAUACCAUAAUCUUCAGGAAGUGGCCGUUGAAGUACUGCACUUGAUGGAGGUUUCAAGGAUGAAUCUUUCGAUUCUCUAAGCAUGCUCAUGACCUUUGGAUGAUACGGAUCUGGUUCUCGAACAGUCUCUUCAACAUGAAUCUUACAAUCUCUAGAUCUUGAUGGAUCUUUAAGCUUAAAUCCACGUUCAGGUCCACAAACAUCGUCAAACUCAUCAAGAGCUGAAGAAACACGGAACUGGAAUUUGAAAUUUUAGAUUAAUUUGAUUUUUAAAGUUUUUAAUUCCCUCACAUUUUCAUUCCUCUUAAAUGUCGAUAAUCCACCCAUUCCUGAACAUGCAACACAAGGUAUACACGGCUUAAUGCUUGAACAAUUACAAGCCAUUUUAAUUCAACUGACGAACUUCUCUUUUAAUCGAUCAAACAUGAGUAAAGUUUUGCUAUAGAGCAUUAUGGAAAUGAAGUUCUUGAAUUAUAGCACUAAGGGAUACUUAUUAUUAAUGCUAUGACGACUGUGAUUGAGUUUCAUUCGUUCUCAAAAUUACUUUUUCAGAAUAUUUUCCCUGCAGUUUGUUAAUUUUCGGAACUAAAAUGGAAUUUAAGGAUGUUGAAAUUGUUAAAAAUUGCACAACAGUAAAGAAAGUGCCAAAAGAAGUUAAAGAAAACUGUAAAAGCUUUAAUUUUGAAGGAAAAGAUUUCUUAAAAACAGUCGACAAGGAAAUUUUGUACAUAAAUGACUCAAUUAAAAUUGGAAGUGAUGAAAACUUUCAAGCUAGAAAAGAAUCUCAAUCAGCAUGGAAUGAAUGGAAAGAAUCAGACUUUUCAGAAGAAUGUCAACAAGAAACAAGACAAACUCCACCUGCUUGCUUCGAUGCAGUUCCAAAAAAACUUCAUGAACAAAUGUCACUUCCAAUAAACAAUAUCAAAGACCUAAGCUUCUAUGAAACCUUCAUAAUCAGUCAAAAGACAGAAGACUCCAAUUUAUCCGAUAUUGAAGCUGAAACAGAGACAGCAAACACAAAUGAAAUUGGAAGUGCAUGUCUAAUGAUUGAGGAAUUAUCAGAUGGAAACAUAUUAAUAUUCUCAAUACAACAAAUGUUUAUCAAUGGUGAACGUACUAUUUAUGAGAGUCUUUCAGUUGUCACAAAAGAUUUGAAGUUAAUUCAAGAAAAACGAAUUGAGAGAAAAUGCAGCGAUAGCGAGUUUAUGGAAAAGACAAUUUUCAUAAUGCCAACUGAAAAUGGACUUCGACUGACUAAGUCAAUAACAAAGGAUAAAGACACUGAAUGCUUUAAUAGAGAUGUUGAAUGGACAAAGUCUGGAGAUUUUCUAUCUGCUGGUGCAAGAGCACUUAUGAUUAGAAAAUUAAUUAUGGAGAAUUUUAAUCAAUGCAUUCAAGCAUAUACUUGUGAUAUUGAUGGAGAUUUCGCAUUGACACAGUUUUGGUUUCAUGGAAUUGAACUUAAAUUUAUGAAUGACCAUGCACUGACAGUUAAACGUGUUGAUCGAAUACUGAUUUUUGAGGAAAAGAAGAUUAAGAAAAUUUCGAGCUUCUUCUUAAUGCAAUCUGGUCAAAUGCUGAAGCAGAUUUGUGACAGUCAAAAUUAUUUCAUUCACAGUAAUCCAUUGAUUGAUCCGUUCCAAGCAAAAUACACAAAGCAUCUUCAGAAAAAUUGGCAAGAUGAUGUCGAACUUAUGUCAAUGUAUCUUGAAUAUAAAGCAAAACGGAAAGAAGAAUUGAAGAAAAAGUUUGAAAGUCCACAAAUGAAGAUAGUGCUUAAUGACUACAUCCUCAAUUUAAUCAAAUGCAAACCCGAAGGUAUUAUGAACUUUACAGCUGAGUUCAUAAGAAAACUAGAACGCAACAAUAACGUCAAUGUCCAAUUGCAAAUAUUCAAAACAGUCGAGCGCCGGAAUCAGCAAAAUUGACAGAAGUUUUCCAAUUUAAAAUUCACCAAUAAACAAUAACAGUUUCCAAUAUUGCUGAAUUUUGCACAAUUCUUGUUUUUUUUUUUUAAUAAAAGAAAUUAAAAAACAAAAUCUG